CAAAACAGACAGGAGCGUCUUCGUUUUCUCUCUCUUUCCCUCUAUCAAGUUUGAAAUUCAACGGAAAGGAUCUCAAGACUAAGGAGCGUCCUCUCUUUCUCUCAAACUCAAUCCCAUUCGAGAUUUUAGGCAUAAAGAAGAUCAAAAUGGACAAGUAUGAGAAACUGGAGAAGGUUGGGGAAGGUACCUACGGCAAGGUUUACAAGGCCAAAGACAAGGCCAGCGGCCAAUUAGUGGCUCUUAAGAAGACCCGUCUCGAGAUGGAUGAGGAGGGCGUUCCUCCCACCGCUCUCCGAGAAGUCUCCCUCCUCCAGAUGCUCUCCCAGUCCCUCUACGUUGUGCGUCUCCUCUGCGUCGAACACGUCGAUACCAACAAGAAUGGCGGCUCCAAGGCCAACCUCUACUUGGUCUUCGAGUACCUCGACACCGAUCUCAAGAAGUUCAUCGAUUCCCAUCGCAAGGGACCCAAUCCCAGGCCUCUGCCCCCCUCCCUCAUUCAGUCCUUUCUGUUCCAGCUCUGCAAAGGCGUCGCCCACUGCCACAGCCACGGAGUCCUCCACCGCGAUCUGAAGCCCCAGAACCUUCUACUGGACAAGGAAAAGGGCAUCCUUAAAAUUGCAGAUCUGGGCCUUGGCCGUGCUUUCACUGUUCCUCUUAAGAGCUACACUCAUGAGAUUGUCACGCUCUGGUACAGGGCCCCGGAAGUUCUGCUUGGCUCCACUCACUACUCCACCGCCGUCGACAUGUGGUCCGUUGGAUGCAUCUUUGCUGAAAUGGUUAGAAGGCAAGCACUGUUCCCCGGGGAUUCCGAGUUCCAGCAAUUGCUUCACAUUUUCAGGUUGCUGGGCACCCCAACUGAGAAGCAGUGGCCUGGGGUCACCGCUCUAAGGGAUUGGCACGUCUAUCCACAGUGGGAGCCGCAAAGCCUGGCACGUGUUGUUCCUUCCCUUUCUUCUGAUGGAGUUGAUCUUCUAUCCAAAAUGCUUAAGUAUGAUCCAGCAGAGAGAAUCUCAGCGAAAGCGGCAAUGGAUCAUCCUUAUUUUGACAGUCUUGACAAGUCCCAAUUCUGAAUUUGAUUGCUUGGUUGUAGUACUAUAUGGAGUUUACUCUUUCUUUUCCCUGCACUGAGUUCAAAGCACCUCUUUGUAGAAAGCUUCAAAAUAUGUGGGGGGGAGUUAGUCGUCAUCGUCUAGGUGAUCCAGAUAAGCUUUGCCAAAAGAAUUUCAUUUUUGCACAUGUGUUCAUGUAGCUGCUAGCUUUUCCCAAGUUUGUAAUAGUGAUACAUAUGAACUAGUUAAAUGUGAAACUCUUGUUGAUAUCCAAUUUAAUGCUAUUUAAAUCAAUCUAUUGAGCAUCUUUAGGCAA